AUGCGUGAACAGGAGGUAUCUGUGGAUGCCAGUGUUAGCUUGCACACCAUCCAUGCGAUCUUGCAGCGGACGUUCGGACACGUCACACUCGAGGGCGCCCCAGGGCAGCUGAGUGUCUUGGAGCGCAUCACGGUCACGCUGGACGAGGCGGCGCGGCGUGCCCUUGUUCGGUGUUCUGACGAGAGCCCCAUCGUGGGGGUGAUAUUCGACAGCGUUCUGCUGUGUCUUGUGUCCCUGCAGUCCGGGGGGACCGCUGGUCCGGGGGGGGGCGCCGCUGCAAACGAGAACACUGCGGUGAGUCUGUUCCGCGAGCAGUUCGGCACGGACUUCAAGAGCGAGCACCACUCGCGAGGCGUCGUGUCUGUCGGGAAGACCGUUGCCCGGGUCGACUUCGAGCAGAUGCGCGUCACGGACUGCAACAGCGUGCCCCUGCGCGGCCGCGUCGAGUCCCUGCUGGCCAUCGGCAACGAGCUCAACGCACCGCUGUGCUGA